AUGUAUCGUCAAAUAUUAAUUUCUUUUAUUCUUUUUGUUAAUUUUUUUGUUCUCCCAACAAUCUUAAACGCUCGAGUUAUGCAAGAAAAAGUUGGUUUAACAAUUAAGGAAGAAGGACAAUUAAUGCCUGGAAUAUCUACUAUAAUUAAUAGGUUUUUAACUUUUAAUUCAAUUUACAUUUUUAUCAUUAAAGGAAGAGACGACUUAAUAAAGCGGCGUUAA